AUGGUCCUGCCUCAUAGCUCCGUACAGGUCGAGGACAUCGAUGAUUGCAAUGGUAUCUGCCCAUUUCUGUUUGCUCUCUGCGUCGAGUGGAACUUUGGGAAAGGGCACUCGCUGAUCCCGAUCGGCCGAACGAAAGACAAGAAGACGCCCAGGCGACACCGUGGUGGUGGUACUGUUGACGAGACAGAUCUACCGAGGAGAGUCCCGCAGCCUUCUAUCCACACCAGAUCUCCCGCGAAAAAACCCCUAGCGCCAAACCUAGAACUCCUGGUGCAACAGCUCUGCGGCAAAAGCUCAAAACUCGGAACCGGUGACAACCCAUCCACGACUGGGGAGCGCUCGCGGGGGCUGUUCCCGUUUCAGUCGACUCGCAGCGGCAACCUCAAAAUCGUCCCCGACCAGGUAGUGUUCGAGUCCAAAAAGCUGAGCGUCCUCGUGGCAGACCCGCACAACGCCACUGUGAACGUCAAGGCGGAACAAGCCCGAGUCGCUGUGCCACAGCUCGAACUACCCGUGUCCCCGAGAGCCGAUUCCCAGCGGCACGAGCUCGCGGACAGCGGAGACCCUUUCGUCAUGGACAAGCCGCAGGAGCCCACCACCGACGUGCCCCUGUCCUCUCUAGGGUUCACGAGCGAGCGGCCCAUCGAUUGGAAGAACAUAACGCUACCGGAGAAGACGGACCUCUACAAGGAGAUAGCGCGGCGCAUCACGACCUACAAAAACGCCGACUGCGUCGUUCGGAUAGGCAACGACGAGUUCCACUGCCACUUGCUCGUCUUGCAAAGCUACAGCGCCUACUUUGACGACAAAAACGUCAAGCAGAUGGACCUCACGGGGAGCAGCGUGACCUCGCGCGUCUUUUCGAUCAUCUACGACUGGAUGCUCAGCCCGAGCCGCGAGAGCUGCCACCUCCUCAAACGCGACAACAUACUCGAGGUCUUUAUCGCGUCCCAGUUCCUCGGCAUCAAAGAACUAGAGGAGCAGUGCUGGGCGUUCAUCGACAACGACGAGCUCUUCCGCGAGGACACGGCUUUCCUCCUGUACCUGGACGCCCGCAAGGUGGGCAACACCGCGGUGAUGGAGCUUAUGCUGCCUAGGAUCAUGAAGUUCUUCCUGCUACUGGUCAGCACGAAGGACUUUCUCGAGCUCGCGGUGCAAGAGCUGUGCCUCCUCCUGCGCUCCAACUACAUAAGCGUCAACAGCGAGAUGGAGGUGCUGAUGUCGGCGGUGCGUUGGCUGAUGCACGACUGGGACACCCGCAAGCAGCACCUACUCGAGGUCAUGAGGUGCGUGAGGUUCGGGUUGAUAGCCCCGUGGCAGCUGGUCGACGUCAAGCGCAACCCCGAGAACCCCGAGUUCAUGGAGCUCAUGUCCUACCCCGAGAUCCAAAAGAUGGUAGACGACGGCUUGGCCUUCGUGAUCAUUAAGUACUGGUACGGCAACCAAACGGAGGAUUACUACCACUGGAUCGAUCUGUUGGGGUUGACGGAGCCAACCAACCGCAAUUGGGCGGGGGAGGACAAGCACUACGUCACCUACCGCGAGUUCCUUCUCUACUUGGAGGAGUACCAAAGGACGAACAUCGCCGAGUUCAAGGACAAAAAGUUCGGCAAACCCGCGCUCGGUGGUCCAAGCAAAAAGGAAGACGUCGUCGCGCCGCAGGUGCCCUCGGCAAGGCCACGGAUGAGUCACACGGCUAGCAAUUUGAGGACGUUGAAGCAGCACACGACGGACGGCAACGCGGCCUCGCCGUGCAUGAUGAUGCCACCGGAGAUGCUGAGCCAAUACUUGGGUAGUAUCGGCAGGAGUGGCUCAAAGUCGGUGAGCAGAUCGACCAACGCCAACAGGACGAGGACCGAGAGAUAA